GUCUUCCUGUUUGACGUCGCAGCCAAUGAGAGCCAGGGGAUCCGUGUCCGCGUUUUGUGCGUAAGGGCGUGUUGCGGCUAUUUAAACCGUUGGCUUUGCACAGAUUACACAGACGAAUCUUACCUGUACAAGACGCUCACACUGCGCAUCACAGCCCCAGAACUCUUCCAACAUGUGUGAUGUCAAUCCAGUCAAGGAGGAGGUGGAGAAUUUCAACACUAAGAAACUAAAGAAGACUGUCACAGAAGAGAAAAACAUUUUGCCAUCCAACAAGGACAUUGACCAGGAGAAGGCGGAACAGCAACGACAACAACAAGGGAAGUAACGGAGAUGCACCUGCUUCAGUUCUUCCUACGGCUUGGAAUCCUUUUCAUCUCUGCUUCGCUGCCGCAAUUAAUUAGAAAUGGUGUCCGGGUUGCUACUACGGGAAAAUCAUCUGUCUGUUUAUACAAAGUAAAUGCAGUUUAGAAAUGGAUUGAUCAGGGUUAAGGGUUUGACAGUCAUGUGUUUUUGUUUUUUUUCUUAAGGGGUGAUCAAAAAUUGUAUUAAAGCAAAUUCUUCAAUUAUUGCAUCGAGACAGUAUAGAUGCCUGUAAAUGGUGCCAAUUAGGAAAUGCUCUGGAAAAAAAAUCAUGAUAUAUUUGAUGUAAUAAAAACCAAUGUCUGAA